AUGUUAAAAAAUAUUACAAAUUGUAGUGACCCUGUUGAAGAAACAAAUGAAAACAAUAAAAUUGGAAAUAUAAAUAGACCACAAAAUUUUAAUCUUAGUGAUUUGGAACUUAUAAAUUUAAAUUUAAUGGAACUUGCACAGGAAACACUGUGUAAAAAAGAAAAUCUAUAUUCUUGCAACAAAGAAGAUAUGUUGCAUGAUCUAAAUUCUCUGGUGGAUUUUGAAGAAAGUAACAUAUCUACAAACAUUUUUUCUUCAACAAUGAUUAAUCCUACACAAGAAGAAAAUAUCACAGAAUUAUCAAAAAAUGCAGAGAUUGAUCUCCUUUUUACUGAUAACAUUGAUAACGCCAAUGUUGAAAAUACAGAAAAUCAAGAAAUAAAAUAUAAAGAUACUAUGCUUCAAGAAAAAAAAUGUUUUAAUAAUAAAAAAAAUAUAGCAAAUAAUACUAAAAAAAACUGGAAACAUAAGUCUAAUAAGAAAGAUACUGAUGUAGAUGAUCAUAUAAAAUAUAUCUUAGGAGAAGUAGAUAUUGAGUUAACAUCAGGCGAAGAAGAAACAUUAAAUGAAGUAUCUGAAGAUACAAUAAAUGCAUUAUAUAAUCUAAAGGUAAAAUUAAUGCAUAAAGUACCAAUGCAACAUAGAAUUGAACAUACAGCAGGUUCAAGAACAUUAACAAGAAAAGAAAACAAAUUAUUUUUAAAUUAUGGACCAAUGAAAAGUGGUACAUUUACACCUAAUGAAGAUAAAAUUAUCAGAAAUAAUUGGGAAGCAUUUUGUGAAGUUCAUAACUGGAAUCCAAAAUGUGUAACACCAUUCAUUAAUAUGAAAAAUGGUUACAAAUUUUAUAUAAAGAGCUUAGAAGAGAGACAAAAAUUUACUCAAUUUUUAGCAAAUGGAUUACCAUGGAGAACACUAUACAGUGUUUACCAUAGAUUUAAAUACUUGUAUGGAAAGCAUAAAAAACGUUUUCAGAGGUUCACAUUAAAUGAAGAUAUAAAUAUUUUAUCUUAUGUAAAGGAUAAACAAAACAUUGCAAAAAAUAAAAUAUUUCUAGAAUUAAGUAAAAUAUUAAGUCGUUCAAGGCAGUCAAUUUGGAGACGUUAUCAACUACUUCAAAAAAUGCUUAAAAAUAAAAAACCAUCAUCUGAAAUUAAAUGGACAUUAUCUUCAACUGGCAAGUUUAUAAAAACCUUUAUGAGUGUAGCAUUGUGUAAAACAGUGGAAGAUUUAAAAGAUGCUAUUAUUCCAAAACCUGUUUGGCAAAAAUUAGAAGAAAAGCUAGAUAUAGACUAUAACAUAUUGAGAACAUUCUGGAUACAUCAAUUGCACAUGCAAUUAUUUUGUACAGAACCUAUUUAUUUGAAUGAUAUAAAAAUAAAAUUAAUCGAGUAUGUUUAUGGAAAAGGAAUUUCAAACAUUCGAGAAAUAGUUUGGUCAGAUGUUGCAAAAUAUUUUGAUGGAAUUACUAGUAUCUUUUUAUGCAAAACAUUUUUUUAUCUUACAAAACAAGCUACUAAAAAGAUAGGUACAAACCAUUUUCCUGAUAUCGUGCAAUAUUUAUAUAAUGAAAAAAUACAAGAUAUAAAAGAUGAAUUAUCUGAUAAAUUUCUUCCUAGGCUUUCUUAUAAUAACGGAAAUAUUAAAAUUAUAGACAAAGGUUUGGACGAAGAUAUUGAUAUAUGA